GUCUAGGCCGCAGUGACGCCGUUCAGCCUCUAGAGGCGCCGUUGCUGUAGUUGACAUCGGUGUCGUCACGGCGCCUGCGCAGUGUCGUCUUUUCCCCGUCGUGAUCCUUCCCCCUCUGCCAGUCCAGGCAGCCCCGGCGACAUGAGGCGGCUUCAGAACAAGUGGUGUCCAGAGAUCUGGCCGUGACAGCCGAGGACGGAGAACUGCCGACUAGUAUGAAGGAGAUGAUCGGAGGCUGCUGCGUGUGCUCCGACGAGAGGGGCUGGGCCGAGAACCCGCUGGUGUACUGCGACGGGCACGGCUGCAAUGUGGCGGUGCAUCAAGCUUGUUACGGCAUAGUGCAAGUGCCAACCGGGCCAUGGUUCUGUAGGAAGUGCGAAUCCCAGGAAAGAGCGGCCAGAGUGAGAUGUGAAUUGUGUCCUCAUAAGGAUGGAGCGUUAAAGCGUACCGACAAUGGAGGUUGGGCUCAUGUGGUAUGUGCACUAUAUAUUCCAGAAGUCCAAUUUGCAAAUGUUUCUACGAUGGAGCCUAUUGUCUUACAGUCGGUGCCACAUGAAAGAUACAAUAAGACUUGCUAUAUUUGUGAUGAGCAAGGGCGAGAGAGCAAAGCUGCUACCGGGGCUUGUAUGACCUGCAAUAAACAUGGUUGUCGACAGGCCUUCCACGUGACUUGCGCACAGUUUGCAGGACUUCUUUGUGAAGAGGAAGGGAACGGCGCAGACAAUGUGCAGUACUGUGGUUAUUGUAAAUACCACUAUAGUAAAUUGAAACAUAAAGAAAAAGAAAAGCACAGACAGAAAUCCAGAAAGCAAAUGGAGCCUUUGGCAUCAUUAGUUCCCUCUCUGACUGUGACUACUGAAAAGUCCUUCGCCUCCAGCACCAACAAUUCGAUCACAAGCUCAAUAAAGCGUUUGGAGGAAACUGCAGCGCGGUUCACAAAUGCUAAUUUUCAGGAGGUUUCUGCACAUCCAUCAAGUCUGAAAGAUGCUCUAGAAACACGAAUGGCGGAGAGCAGACCUAGGAAGGCGGCGAGUCACAACUCCAUCCAACGCGGCCGGAAGUCCAGCAGUGGGAGGAGCGCCACCAGUUCAGCUGCAGCAACCAGUCCCUUCCAGCAAGGCAGUUUCUCGGGAACGCCAAGCAGUGUUAAGUCGUCUUCGGGCAGCUCCGUGCAGUCGCCCCAGGAUUUUUUGAGCUUCACCGACUGUGAGCUGCGGACUGAUGGGUAUCACCACCCCCAGCAGUCCCUGUCAACCAAAGAGACAUCUAAAGGGGAGCCCGUACUGCAGGAAGGGACAGUUAGCAGUUUUAACUCUUUAAUGAGCCUACCAUCAAAUCCAGUUAUGUCUUUCCAGACCAAAAACUUUGAUAGUGUUCCCGGAGAUUAUGCUAACUCAAGCCUUACUGUAUCAGGAUACAAGCGGGUCCAGUCCUCCAUGGUGGAAGAAGAUGCAGUAAAAGAGAAGAGGAGGAAAGGAAGUAAGCAGAGUAAACAUGGGCCUGGCCGGCCGAAAGGAAGCAAGAAUCAGGACAGCAUGUCCAACCUGUCUGUUUCCUCAGCGUCGCCUACAUCCUCUGUGGCCUCUGCAGCCGGCAGUAUAGCCAGCUCUGGCCUCCAGAGGUCCCCUACAUUGCUCAGGAAUGGCAGCCUCCAGAGCCUAAGUGUUGGCUCUUCUCCCGUAGGAUCAGGUAUUUUCAGCAGCAAUGACGUAGCGGUGUCCUUUCCCAGUGCUUUGUCAGGCUCCAGUACACCCGUUUCCAGUACCCAUGUAUCACAAUGCUCCACGGCCCAUCUACAGCCUGGAGGAUCCUCAUCCCCAUUGCCCUCAACUUCAACUACUGUCCCUGCCAGCACUACUACUACUCAGGUAAAUUCUCUUCCUGGAUCCUCGGCGACGGUGACGUCAUCUCAUCUCAGCGGAAAUAGGCAAAAUCUCACCGCGUCUGUAGGGCUGACUGAAAACAGCCAGACAGCAGAUCAAGAUCUUGGAGACAAUAGUCGCAGCCUGGCCGUGAAGGUCGCCUCCCCUAGAGGAAGCCUCUCUCCGCGGUCCCCUCUGAACAGUCUCUCGACCCGCUACGAGCAGUCUGGGAAUGGCAAUGCAGAGAGCGCCCCCCUGAUGCUUACCAGUAUAGAGCAGCUUCUAGAGAAACAGUGGAGUGAAGGACAGCAGUUUCUGCAAGAACAAGGGGCAACUAGUGACAUUUUAGGUAUGCUAAAGUCCCUGCACCAGCUGCAAGUGGAGAACCGGCGAUUGGAAGAACAGAUCAAGAACCUCACUGCCAGAAAGGAGCGGCUGCAGCUUCUGAAUGCACAGCUGUCUGUUCCCUUCCCCACUAUAUCUUCCAACCAUGCGGCAUCUUCUCAGGUGCAUUCAUACCCAUUGCAGAAUGUAUCCAGCACAGACCGACUGAGCAUCAGCAAAAGCCCUCACCUCGGAAACUUCAAGACUGAGAGCUCUCAUCCUGCCCAGCACCAGGAACUCACAUCAAGUAGGCAGAGCACCAGCAGUUCUUCCUCACUCUCCACUCCGCCCCCCGAUCGUCAGAGUCCAGCACAACAAGUCCAAGGGGUUCAGCGAAUCAAUGGAGUCACCAUGGGAACACUAACAAGUGGCAUUCAGUCAGUCACGCCAGCUCUUCCUGCCGUGCCGGGAGUGGGUGCAAUAAUGGGAGCUCUUCCAGCAAACCAGCUGGCGAUUAAUGGGAUUGUUGGGGCUUUGAACGGAGUGAUUCAGACUCCUGCGACAUUACCCCAAACUACUGCUCUUACUCACGGGACAAUAUUGCCCAACGUUACACACCCAAUCUCUUCUACUUUAACAAACAGUGCCUCUGGAUUGGGACUCCUCUCGGACCAGCAAAGGCAGCUGCUCCUUCAUCAGCAACAGCAGCAAUUCCAGCAGCUUCUGAGCUCCCAGCAGCUGACUCCGGAGCAGCACCACGCCCUGUUCUAUCAGAUCAUGCAGCAGCAACACUCACAGCAACAGCACCACCACCACCACCACCACCAGCCUGAUCUUCAGCAGUUGCAGAUCCCAUCCACAGCUCAUUUACCCCUCAACAACCUUCUGGUUGGAGCACACGCCACCACCCUGCACUCCGCCGCUACCAACCCUUUCCUGGCCAUGCACGCCGACAACGCAGCUCACAAAGUCGGAAGACUCGGAGAGAAGAAUGGACCAGUUAUGCAAGAUAAGAGCUGAUGCGCGAGAGGAACGGCUCCAUGCAUCCACCUGGCACUUGACUUUCUCAAAACCAACGUCUUCCUUUUUGUAGCAAAGAAACAAUGCAAAUGAAGACCCAUUGACUUGACCCCAUAUUCUCCCUUGUCCUUCUGACAGACGGGGAAGUAGCACAUUGCUGCACGUCGAUGGGCUCGCUAUUUCAGAGCGAAGAGAAAAUGGCGGCAGCUUGACAAGGCUUCAGAUAUUUAUUCAUUGUAACUUACUUGUCGCUUUGUUGCACUGAAACUUUUGCUGUAUUGAGUCUGAGAAAGGUAAAAACACUGGUGACUCCCGACUGCUAGGGGGGGCGCUCGUGAUACCUUGGUGCAAUUUUAUUACCGGUCACUUAACGGUAUUAAUGAACAAUGUACGUGUUACCAGACGUGUUCUCCAGCAGUUGAUGUACAGUAAGAGAUUGCGGAAGGGUUGGUGCGGGGACAGCGCCAUGUUAUUCCAUUGAAAGUGCCUGUGGCUGAGGUUCCCAGAGCAGACGUGCCAGAAGCAUUCACAUUGCACUAGAGGCUGGGUCUGUCUUCGAUGCCACUAAUACUGGCCGUGGUUCACGCUUAUUUAUUUCUGAGCAAUGAGUUAUGCAACUGCGGGGAGAAUUCCCGACACUUUGGGCUGUUUUAUCUAAGAUCAUUUCUGUGGCAGCAUUUGAUUUUUUUUUUGUAGGACAUGAAAACAGACAGUUACGAGAUUAGUCUGUGGAAUUAGCCAGGUUUACGUGUCAUGUAGGUUUCCUAGGACUGAGAGUGACUGCAUUUGAUGUUCUUACUCUUCAGCUUGGAAUACCAGCAUUUGCUUAGUUCAGCAAUGUCCUGGUUCAUGCACCAUGCCGGCUGUGUUUUAUAUUCCUCUCAUUGCUGAAGCUCAGAGUUAUUAAAGGGGCGGUGCAUGCAGGACAACACCAUGUCCAAUUAAGGCUUCAAGGGGUUGGCCCAUGUCAUACAUUGGGGGCAUAUCACUAGGAUAUGCCCCAAUGUCUGAUAGGUGCGAGUCUCGCCUCUAGAACCUGCACCUAUCUCUAGAACGGAGUCCCCAAAGUGAAAGAGAGCGGACUGCGUAUGUGUGUCUGUCCUCCAUUCAUUUCUAUGGGGGUUCCGAAAAUAUUUUCGGUAGUCCCAUAGAAAUGAAUGGGAAGCACACUGCGCAAGCGUGGCCACUGGUCCAUUCACUUCUAUAGGGCUGACGGAAAUAGCCAAGCCAGCGCUCUGCAGUCCCAUAGAAAUCAAUGUAGGGCGGACACACAUGCGCAGUCCGCUCGCUUUCACUUUGUGGACUCAGUUCUAGAGAUAAUAUCGAGUCGCACAGGUGAGACCUGCACCCAUCAGACAUUGAGAGGGGUAGUCCUGAUCGCGACCCCCUCGAUGAACCACCAUAUAGUACUGCUGCAGGAAAAAUGUAUAGCCGGGCAAACCUUCCCCUUUCAAAACCAAGCAUUUCUCUGAUUAAAAGGGUUGUCUGCGAUGAGACAAUGGAUUGAGAUAGCCAUACACAUUAGAUUGCUGUUGUUGAUACGCCAGCCAUUCCUUCCGACACCCCCCAUACACAUGCAUGCUUAGCUCUGCGGUGUGUUUUUAUGGAGAUGAGCAUAGCCUGUUGUCAGAUAUCUCUGACGCCAACUUAUCUCCUGAAAACAAGCACGGUCACAUCCAAUAUGCCUAUGUU